GAAAGCACUUUGGCUGGGACGGGAGUCAGGACUCCUGGGAGAGGGAGUGCGCAAGCUAGCCAGCUCCAGGACCCCGAGGCUGGGGAGGGAUUCCCGCCCCUUCUGCCCACAGGCGCGGGGCUGAGUGGGAGCAGAGGUGCGGCGUCUGCCCCCCCCUCGGGGGGGGACAGGACAGGGCCUCAGGCCUGGGUGCCUUCUGACACCUGGAAGAUGCCUGUGUCCUGGUUCCUUCUAUCCUUGGCACUGGGCCGAAACCCUGUGGUCCUCUCUCUAGAGAGGGUGGUGGGGCUUCAGGAUGCUGCCCGCUGCUCUCCGGGCCUUUCCUGCCACCUCUGGGAUGGUGAUGUGCUCUGCCUGCCUGGGAGCAUCGUGUCCGCUCCAGGCCCCGUGCUGGUGCCCACUCGCCUGCAGACAGAGCUGGUGCUAAGAUGCCACGAGGAGACCGACUGUGACCUCUGUGUGCGUGUGGUCAUCCACUUGGCUGUGCAUGGGUCCUGGGAAGAGCCUGAAGAUGAAGAGAAGUUUGGGGGAGCAGCUGACGCAGAGCUCGAGGAGCACAGGAACGCCUCUCUCCAGGCCCACGUCGUGCUCUCCUUCCAGGCCUACCCUACUGCCCGCUGCGUCCUGCUGGAAGUGCAAGUGCCCGCUGCCCUUGUGCAGCCCGGUCAGCCUGUGGGCUCUGUAGUAUUUGACUGCUUCGAGGCCGCCCUGGGGGCUGAGGUGCGAAUCUGGUCCUACACUCAGCCCAGGUACCAGAAAGAACUCAACCUCACACAGCAGCUGCCUGACUGCAGGGGGCUCGAAGUCCAGGACAGCAUCCAGAGCUGCUGGGCCCUGCCCUGGCUCAAUGUGUCUGCAGAUGGCGAAGACGUGCGCCUGGUGCUGGAUGUCUCUGAGGAGCAGCGCUUUGGCCUCUCCCUGUACUGGAACCAGGCCCAGGGCCCUGCAAAACCCUGGUGGCACAGAAACCUGACUGGGCCGCAGACCAUUACGCUGAACCACACAGACCUGGUUCCCUGCCUCUGCAUUCAGGUGUGGCCUCUGGAGCCCGACUCCGUCAGGACCAGCAUCUGCCCCUUUAAAGAGGACCCCCGUGCACACCGGAACCUCUGGCGGGCUGCCCGGCUGCACCUGCUGCCCCCACAGGGCUGGCGGCUGGACGCACCGUGCUCACUGCCCGCCGAGGCCACACUGUGCUGGCAGGCUCUGGACGGGGGCCCCUGCCAGCCACUGGUCCCGCCGCUGCCUCGAGAGAAUGUCACUGUGAACAAGGCUCUUGAGUUCCCGUUGCUGAAAGGCCACCCCAACAUCUGUAUCCAGGUGAAUAGCUGGGAGACACUGCAGUUGCAAGAGUGCUUGUGGGCUGACUCUCUGGGGCCUCUCAAGGAUGACAUGCUGCUGGUGGAGACACGAGGCCCCCAGGACAACAGAUCACUCUGUGCCUUGGAAGCCAGUGGCUGCACCCCACUGCUCAGCGGGGUGUCCACGAGGGCAGCUCGCCUUGGAGAGCAGUUACUACAAGACCUGCGAUCAGGCCAGUGUCUGCAGCUGUGGGAUGAUGACCUGGGAGCAUUAUGGGCCUGCCCCAUGGACAAGUACGUCCACCAGCGCUGGGCCCUGGUGUGGCUGGCCUGCUUACUCCUUGCCGCUGUGCUUUUCCUUCUCCUCCUUCUCAAAAAGAACCAUGUGAAAGGGUGGCUGAGGCUCUUGAAGGAGGACGUCCGCGUGGGGGCGGCCGCCAGGAGCCGCGCGGCUCUGCUCCUCUACUCCGCCGAUGAUGCUGGCUUCGAGCGCCUGGUGGGCGCCCUGGCGUCGGCGCUGUGCCAGCUGCCGCUGCGCGUGGCCGUGGACCUGUGGAGCCGCCGUGAACUGAGCGCGCAGGGGCCCCUGGCCUGGUUCCACGCCCAGCGGCGCCAGACCUUGCAGGAGGGCGGCGUGGUGGUCCUGCUCUUCUCGCCCGGGGCCGUGGCGCUGUGCCACGAGUGGCUGCAGGACGCGGCGUCGGCGCCCGUAGCGCACGGCCCGCACGACGCCUUCGCCGCCUCGCUCAGCUGCGUGCUGCCCGACUUUUUGCAGGGCCGGGCGCCCGGCCGCUAUGUCGGAGCCUACUUCGACAGACUGCUGUCCCCGGACGCCGUGCCCGCCCUGUUCCGCACCGUGCCGGUCUUCUCACUGCCCUCACAGUUGCCAGACUUCCUGGGGACCCUGCAGGGGCCCGGCGCCCCCCGCCACGGGCGGCUCGCGGAGAGGGCGGAGCAAAUGUCCCGGGUCCUCCAGCCCGCCCUGGACAGCUGCUUCCGGCCCCCAGGGACCCCGGGGAUGGGUCGCGGGAUGAGGCCUGAGGCAGAGGAGAGGACUUGAAUAAAAGCAGACACUAUUUUUCUA